UGUCGCCCCCCCGCCGACCCUCCCCUCCCCGCAGCCCCUUCGGCGGUGCACUGCAAACCCAUCGUGGCUCAGGAGCAGCUCUACGUGGUGGUGGCCCAACUCUUCGGCGGCUCCUCCAUCCACCGCUGGGACACGGCCGUGGACAAAUUCAUCAAGCUGCAGGACAUCGACCCGCAGAAAACCCGCAAACCCAACGACGUCGAAGCCUUCCAGAUCGACGGCGAGUGGUACUUCGUCAUCGCCGACAGCUCCAAGGCGGGCUCCACCAGCCUCUACCGCCUCGACCAGAACGGCUUCUACUCGCACCAAGCCCUGCACGCCUGGCACCGCGACACCGACGUGGAGUUCGUGGAGCACGACGGCAAAGCGCGGCUCAUCGUGGCCAGCAGCUCCCAGGCGCCCGUGCUCUACCAGUGGCAGCGGGCGCAGAAGCUGUUCGCCCCGCAGGGGGAGGUGGGCGACACGGCGGACGUGCAGAUGGUGAAGCACUUCAGGGCCGGCCGCGAGCAUUUCCUCUGCCUCAGCCGCUACAUCGGCGACUCCAAGGUGGUGCGCUGGGAAGGGCAGCGCUUCGUGGAGCUGCAGGCGCUGCCGUCGCGCGGCUCCAUGGUGCUGCAGCCCUUCUCCGUGGGGCGCCGGCUCUACAUGGCGCUGGGCAGCGAUUUCUCCUUCAGCCACGUCUACCUGUGGGACGAGGGCCGGCAGAGGUUCUCCAAGUUCCAGGAGCUGGCGGUGCAGGCGCCCCGCGCGUUCCGCUUCGUCCCCGCGGCCGACGUGCAGCUGCUGCUGGCGCCCAGCUUCAAGGCCAACAGCGUGGUGUACCGGCACGUGGUGGUGGACCUCAGCCUGUAGCCGGGGGGGCACGCAUGCGCCCGCACCCCGCACCCCGCACCCCCUGCCCCCCCCUCCUCUCCCACCCCCGAAAGGCGCCGCCGGCCUCGGUGUCCCCGUCCCUGCUUUCCUACAGCCGCGCUCACACGGAGCUGCCCCCAACCGGGACCCCCCCCCCCCCCCCC